ACUAUCAAUCUCUUUCUCUAUGACUCAUUCUUCGCGAAUAAUGAGAAUUAACCAUCUUGCAGUUUUUUUUCUCUGAAAUUUCUAGCUCUGAAACAAAUCUAUUUCAACGAUCGAUAACCAAUCGAUUCAACCGCUAGUAACACAUCUUUCCUUGAAGCGCAUCAUUUCCUAAAAACUGUGGUUACCAACAAGAACAGCCCUUCCUUGGUCUAUCAAUCACCAAAACGUCUGGCGUCGUGAUCGCCGUCACCGUCUUGAUCGUCGGUGUCGUGGUUGUCGUUGAUUCCUUUUCCAGGAAACGUGUGUAUUCCGCGCAAGCUCCGGCCGUUACUAUUGAUCGAAGCAUUUCGUCUGAUGGUUGCCUCAGAGUACCACAAACGGUCCGCACGCCGUAAAUAUUCGUCCAGUGCGUCGUGGUUGAGUAACUUACACGGAUAAAAGCGUCCAAAUUGAAAGAGGAAAACGUGGCCAAACAUGGUCGGAGGAGUGACAGAAGACGGACCUGUGAUUCGACCCGUCGAUUUUGUGUCGACGACAACGGUAGUCGCACUAUGUAUAGGCGCCGUUUUCCUACUUUGCGCCGUCGCGAUGACCUGGUGGCUCUGCCGACGACGCCGUGAACACACCAAGCUGAAUUCCGACAAGUCCCUGGCGUUCAGGCCGCCUCACAGAAAACCAACAGCAGUUAAAAGUCCCGGCAGUACGAGCCACUACCUGAAGAAGAGCCCGAGCCCAACGGGACUAGCCAAGAGCCCUCCUGGUUCUGGUGGACAGACGCCUAGUCCGACUGGAUCUCAAUCGUCGAAUCCUGGCUCACAGCCCAGAACACCUCAGGGUACAGGCACCCCUGCUCAGACACCUUCUAGUGAAGUUACUCUAAGCAUUGAAAAUGAACGAGACAAGGCGGAAAUUGAGAACAAUGAGAAAAUGGAACGUGAAAAGAACCACACAACAGAAAAUAACAAAAGCGAUAUGGGUCAAUUGGUAUUUAAAUUGCGGUACGUAAGCGAACAAAAUGCGCUCGGAGUGACAGUAGUGAAUUGCAAGGGUCUACCUGCGAGGGCUACCAGUGACCCUUACGUGAAAUUAAAAUUGUUGCCCGAUAAACAGCAUCAAGCGAAAACGAGGGUACUCAGAAAUACCAGAGAUCCUGUCUAUGACGAGGAUUUCACUUUCUUUGGAAUAUCCAAGGACCAGCUUCAGAAAAUCAGCCUGCACUUUAUAGUACUCAGCUUCGAUAGAUAUUCUCGUGACGACAUUAUCGGUGAAUUGACAUGUGCGCUUUCAUCGAUACCUGAUUUGGAGAAUUCUGAUAACCAAGAGAUAUCGUUAUGUCGAAAAAUAUGUCCCAGAAGUCUCAAGAUCCAAUCGCAAGGCAGGGGUGAGCUGUUAGUCUCCCUUUGUUGGCAACCAAUGAAUAGCCGAUUGACAGUGGUUGUGCUGAAAGCGCAGAAUCUACCGAAAAUGGACGUGACUGGACUUGCAGAUCCAUACGUCAAGAUCUAUCUUCUGUACAAUUCUCAGCGUAUAGCAAAGAGGAAGACGCGCGUAAAGAAACGCACCCUUAGCCCAGUCUUUAACGAAUCUUUUGGUUUUGACAUACCAAAUGGUGCUGACGGUCUUAAUAACGUCAGCCUCGAGUUUAUGCUAAUCGAUUGGGAUCGCGUUACAAGAAACGAGGUGAUUGGACGACUGGAAUUCGGUGGACCGGAUUGUCAAGGAUCUGCUUUAAAUCAUUGGAGGGAAGUUUGUAGCUCACCGCAGAGACAGAUCGCCGACUGGCACAAAUUAAGGGAGUAACUAGCCCCUUCCAAUCCUGUCAACUUUCCUGGAAUCCCGUCUCCAACUAUCCAAAAAACCCCACAUCCUACUCCAUUGCAAAAUCACUGAUUCACCCUUUGAAGCCCUACGAUGAAGUAGGGUAUCUGUUUUAUAAACCUAAUACUCGAUGUAUAUUAGACUUGAAACGAAUGGCAGCACGUCCACCCGCGAUCGAUGCAACUGCAAAUACACUGUGUGAUUUCAAUCUAGCAAUUUAGACAUGCUAAUAUGUGAAGAGCGUACUAUUAGAGUGAUCUUUGAUCAUCCGAAAUUAUUGGCUCCCUUUGUUUUCGUAUCUCUUCAAUUUUGUCAGUCUGAGUUCAUUUUAUAAGCUUUCAGCUUUUGUUGCUUUACACGCAAUAAAAAUGCAUAAAAUGAAACAUGUAAGGAGAAAGCAAAGAUCUUUCAGAAUUUUGUCUUGUAAAGUGAAUUUGAAAGUCGAGAUUAUUAUUAACGAUGACGUUAAUAAAACUGAGAUGAAUUUAAUAUAAUGGGACAUUGUACAACUCUAAUUAAUUGUAAGUAAAACUGCUCGUUUGCAAAUUCAGAUAAUUGAUUUCGUUCUUGUAAAUCGAACGAAAUUGGAUCGUCAAUCACGUUUUCAAUAAAAGGAGUAGUGAACGAUCGCGGGAGAAACGCAUACCAAAUGCUUUACAAUAUAAAUAUAGUUGUUAAGAUUUCCAAUCAGAUAGCAAAAAGAGGAGGGAAAUGAAACAGUUGAAUACAAAACAAUCGAAUAUUUACCGAUUGUUGAACACCGCUACCCCAGGGUCGUGCUAUCAGAAUCAGUGCUCUUAAUCAAAAAUUUAAAAUAAGAGUUCUUGAUACUCAACUCUUACAAAUACUUAUGUUAUAGCUUGAAUUUAAUAUCAAAUUAUACAAGUAUAUUACAAUGCAAGCCAUUUAAUUUUAAAAACUUACCAAAAUGAAAUAAAUAAAUUUUAAUAUUUUAUCUUGGAAAAUAAAGGUGAUAAAAUUCAUGAAAUAUGAAAUUUUAACAAUGAUACGAACAAUAAUAUAAAAAUUUAUCUUAAUCUUUAAUUUGUGCUUACUGUUUAAUUUCGGUCAAAUAUAAUAAAAUCUGAAAGUCGAUCAACAGAGAACUUUAUUUCGAAUUAUAAAUUUUGAAGUAGCAGCAGAUUUUGUACUUACUACUAGUUACUAAAGUACGUACGUAAAUGGAAAUAAUUAAAAUAUCGUUAAAACGAUAAUUAUUUUAAAUAUAAGAAUAAGUAUUUGAGAUUUGUAUUUUGUAUAAUUUGGUUGAUUGUCUUUUAAUUCGAAGGAAUAUAUUGCAACAGAUUUGGCACGACCCUGUCAGAUCAUAAAGACCAUUUUUUUCGGCAAGGUUAAUGUGAAUUAAUCAUAAAAAGUUAUAUUGAAAAUCAUACAACAUAUUCGCAGCAGUAUUUAUUUUGUUCGUCGUGCAAAUACAAGAAUCUCUUCAAAACUUUUGUCGCAUAAACUGAUUUUUUCAUAUAAUUUUUAAUUAAAUUCUGCUAAUAAGAGAGAGAGAGAGAAAUAUAAUGGAGAAAAAAAAUAAAAUAUUUAACUUUUAUCCCAACUUGCUUUUUAAUACACAAAAUUCAAAAUGUACAACUUUGCCAAUACGUAACUUAACAGAUUAUUAAUAGACGAAUGAAUAUCAAAAUUUUUUGGAGUGAUUCUUGUAGAAAACGCACGAAAAUAUCACGAAACGUAUAGAUGAUACUGCAGUAUCAAGAAACAAUAAUACGAUUAUUCAUUCCUAUUCCAAAAUUCCAUAGCUCCAUGUCAACUGACCGAAUGAUAAUUAUAACUCGGUAUUUGAUGAUAAAAAAAAAGAUUGCUGGUGAUCACAUAUUUCAACAUCGAUCUUUUCGUCGAAAUGUCAAAAAAUUUCCAGAAAAAAAAGAUACUUCUCCUCAAAAUGGAAUUUUUAGAGAACAUAGAGUAACAUUCUUGACGUGCUCCAACAGAAAGUAUCAUAACAAAUGCAUAGGAGGGAAGACACAGUAUUGCUAUGAAAACUUCAUGAUAGAUUGAAUUACUGAUUUAAUUAUACGCACGUUACAAAUUUUGACUUCCUUCACGUAUGUAAUUGCUCUGUCUUGCGUAACGAAUGUGAAGUAUUUUUGUUUCUCAUAUUAUUGAUAAUCGUGGAACGGGGUCGAGGAAUUGUGACGUUGUUUUGAAGUGCCAACGGAGAACGCUUCGCAAUUGUAAAUAUGUAAUUUAUGUUUAAAUAGGAAAAAAAAGUAUAAUGCUCUUUAUUUAGUUACAACGAGCCCGUUGCAGUUUCGAUUGCUAUUAAUAGAAAGGAAUUAGAGUUUACAACCAUAGUUUAUAAAAAGAUUCCAUUUACACAAAGUAUAACAGGAAAAUCAACAUUAAGUAGUGAUCUUGUUGAAAUAUUUCCAGUGAUUGUUGAGAUAGUCAUAAAUGUAGCAAAAAAUUGCUCUCAGCGAGUGAAAGUAUCACCGAUUCUGCUUUAUAUUGCUAAGUACGUUAUUUUGAAAAUGAAAAUUUGUCACUUGGCAAUGUAUUGAUGUACCUAUUGUUAUUAAUAGACGAUGAUUUUUAUUACACUAUUGUCGUAUUUCCGAAUUAUUUGGUAAAUACAUAGAGAUAUUGAUUAAAAACAAUUCCACAAAUUAGAAUAAAGACCAAUAAUUUUUUAACAUAAACCGAAAUAUAAAUUAACAUACAUAUACAUAUGUACAAAUAUGUAUGCAAAAUAUUCAUUUCAUUGUAUAAGAAAAAGGGAUUUCUGUUUGAAGGCCCCGUUCGCAUGUGCUACAAAUACAACACUGUAAUGAAUAAUGAAUAUCGAUUAAGUAUUAUCGUAGGCUCGAAUUCACCGAAACUUUAAAGUUACUUUAAACUUGAAAUAACCUUUAACAUACGAAACUUGUGCACGUACAUCAAAUACGAGAAUACCAGCUUCAUAACUAAAGUGUAAAGUAACUUUAAAAUUAUUCUGCAACGUAAUUACUAAUUACGGAAUAUUUGCUAUGUUUACGAUUUUUUUUCUUCUUUUUUUUUUUUUCUUUUGAAAAUUUCACUUUUUUAGUGAAAAUCUCACGAUAAAAAUAAUAAAACUGUAUGUUCCUAGAAAAAAAUCACGCAUAACUCGAUUAAGCGAAUAUUUUUAAUGUAUCGAACAUUUGACUAGAAGAAAAUUUUCCGAAUGUAAAGUUUCAUUGAUUUCGAAAAAUUUCACUUUUAAACAUUAUAUAUUUCGAAGUAUAAUUUGUAGAGUAUUAACGAUCUUAUAAAUUGCAAUCUUAUUGAAUAAAUUUUAUUUACUUAUUUCUUCACUUUGAUUUAAUUUGAAUCCAAAAGCAAAAAAAUUUAAAUUUCAAGCAAAUUAAUAUGCUCAUUGCUUAUAUAAAAAUAGAACAACCACAUGAUGCUGCACCUCAUGAUAAAUAUCGAAAUAAUAAAAUCGUAAUACAGAUACACUCGCAAUCGUUACAUCAAGAAAUAUGAAUGAAAAUAUUCACUAACGUUCUAUAAAUCAAAUCACACAAAUGACAUUAAUUUCUAUCACAAUAAAAAGAUUGAAUAAAAAAGUGUAAUCUGUAUUUCCUAAUCGUAGUAGACGAACGCCUGAUGAGUAACAUAUUUAUACAUACAUACAUACAUGUGUAUCAGUCAAUAACUGGUAAAAUAUAAAGCAAUUGCUUAUUUUUUUUAUCGUGACUUUUUGCUCUAUCGUCCUUCCUUUGCAAAUUAUAAAAAGACAAGACCAGAAAAAAAAAGAAACCGCUAAAAAAAAAGAAAUCGACAUUUUGCAAAAACGAAGAUGCAACGAGAUAAAAUGUAGUAUCAGUAAUACAUGUAUGUUCAAUGUAAAUCAGUACCAAUGGAAAACGAAAGUAACAACAGGUACAUCGUAAUAUAUCACCUAAAAAUUCAGAAGACACACUGAAUACAUAAAUUUUUCAUAAAUUAAGUAUAAUAAG